GAGCAAUGGACUCGUCGUCGUCGGUGCUCGGCGACGGCGACCUCCUCCGCGAGAUCCUCCUCCGCCUCGACUUCCCCACCACCCUCGUCCGCGCCUCCCUCGUCUCCAGGCGCUGGCUGCUCCACGCCUCCGACCCGGCCUUCCUCCGCCACUUCCGCGCCCGCAGCCCGCCCCGCCUCCUCGGCUUCUACCACACGGCGCGCAGGGACGAGCAGCCAGAGUUCGUGCCGCUGCCCCACCAGCCGCCGGAGCUGGCCCCCGUGCUCCGCCGCGGCGGCUGCUUCCGGCUCGGCGGCACGUCCGGGUCGGCCGUCGUCUUCGACUCCCGCAACGGCCGCCUCCUCAGGGCGGAGCUCCCGCCCCCACCGGACGCCCUCCGGUUCGGCGUCUUCGCGCCGCUCCACCCCGCGCGGCGCCCGCCUCACCUCCCCCCGCUCCUCCACUCGCAGCUGCACCAGAGGGGCGUCGAGGUGCCGCGCGACGGCGACGCUCGCAUGCUCCUCCCGGAGGACGGCGGCGGCGACGAUACCUCAUACACGCUCGUCGUCUUCACUCGAAAGGGCUGCCAAUUGCUGGCGACAGCCGUCUCCGUGAGAGGCGAAUCGAUCGAGAUCCGCACCUCCAGAUCAAUCGAUCUGCCAACGCACUGGCCAAGCAGGAUGAGAGGCGGUUUGCUUCUCCACGGUGAUCUCUACAUGCUCGGCAAGAAGCACAUCCUCGUGUUCAAUCUGAAAUCCUCGAACACGUUCCUGAUUAAGCUUCCAGACGGCGUGGAGCAGCUGGACCGUAUGGGAAACCUCAAGCUGAUACGGCGCGGCGAUUCUGGGUUACAUCUUGUUCAUCUCAGUGGAUUACAGAUUCAUGUCUGGCACCGUGUGACGGAUUGCAACAACAGCAAUGGCAAUGGUGGGGAUUGGGAGCUGGUUGACACGCUGUGCCUGCGUCGGUGGAUCGGCCAAGCUCUGAGGCCCGGCUGGGAGUCUGGGAAUCCUUCCGUUGGGGAUGCGUUUGUUUCGCUUCGCAGGGUCGAGGACAACGCCGAGCUGUUCUUGGUCGUCGACCGUGUGAUCUUCCAUGUGCAUCUCGCGGACAGGACGGCGCAUAAGGUGUUCGAGAUGGCACCAGAGCAAGAUGUUCGUUUCGAAAUACACCCUUUGAUGAUGGUCUGGCCUCCCACCUUCCCAGAAAUAUUGAAACAUGAUCAUGAUCAGUAUGAAUGAUCCUAGAGCAUUUUUUUCUCUUGUGGCUUGAUGAUGCAUGUCUGAGAGUUUGUCAAUUCGGCAUGCAGCUAUUAGUCCAUUAAGAACUGAGAAUCUUAUGUGAUGUUUCUUUGUUAUGCUUUAAGAUAGGAUUUCAGUAUGACACAACUUAAUCUAUUUCCUUUGGUUGGGUGGAGGAAUGAAAACGGAUCGAA